CGGAGGGACGGAGGGAAGAUGGCGGCCGAGGCCGGAUAUUGGCGCCGCCUCCCCCAAUCCUGGAGCCGGCGCAGAUGAGGCGGCUCGGCUGGGGCCAGCGGCGCUUCGGAACCCGAGCUGGGGGGACCCUGGCGGUGGGGCCUGGCCCUGCUGUAUGCCGGCGCCUCGGCUAGAGUGAGCGGCGGCGGCGACGCCUCUUUGCCCUGGCCCUCUCCCUGUCGCUGUGAGUCCGAGCGGGUGGCAGGCGGCACAGGCGGCGGGGCCGGGAUGGAGGACGUUAACUCCAACGUGAACGCGGACCAGGAGGUGCGGAAGCUGCAGGAGCUGGUGAAGAAGCUGGAGAAGCAGAACGAACAGCUGAGGAGCCGCUCGGGGGCCGUGCAGGGCGUCGGCUCCCUCGGGCCCGGCAGUCCGGUUCGGGCUGGCUCGUCCACUCCCUCCUCCGGCGCGGCGUCCCCUCGGGGCUUCCCCUUGGGCCUCAACGCCAAGUCCGGCAGCGGGGUCGGGUCGGGCCCGAGGCGGACGAGUAGCGAGGAGCUGCGGGACGCCACCUCCUUGCUGGCAGCGGGCGAGGGCGGCUUUCUGGACGAGGUGGAGCCGCUGCGGCCCGAGGAGCUGGAGCGCCUGUCAGGCUGGGAGGAGGAGGAGGAGAGCUGGCUGUAUUCAUCACCAAAGAAAAAACUUACACCAAUGCAGAAAUCAGUUAGUCCAUUAGUUUGGUGCAGGCAAGUUUUGGAUUACCCAAGUCCUGAUGUUGAAUGUGCUAAAAAGUCUCUUAUCCACAAACUUGAUCAAACUAUGUCAGCUCUCAAGAGGCAGAAUUUAUAUAAUAAUCCUUUCAACUCCAUGAGUUACGCAAGCCCUUACAGUCCGAAUGCAAGUAGCCCAUACAGCAGCGGUUUCAAUUCUCCAUCCUCAACCCCAGUGCGACCUCCUAUAGUCAAACAGCUAAUACUUCCUGGAAAUUCAGGUAAUUUGAAAAGUUCAUCAGACAGAAAUCCUCCACUCAGCCCUCAGUCCUCUAUAGACAGUGAGUUAAGUGCUUCAGAAUUAGAUGAAGAUUCAAUUGGAUCCAAUUAUAAGCUAAAUGAUGUAACUGAUGUACAGAUUCUAGCUCGGAUGCAGGAAGAAAGUCUCCGUCAGGAGUAUGCAGCCACCACAUCUCGGCGCAGUUCUGGUUCAUCUUGCAAUUCUACAAGAAGGGGUACUUUUAGUGAUCAGGAACUUGAUGCGCAAAGUUUAGAUGAUGAAGAUGACAAUAUGCAUCAUGCAGUAUACCCUGCUGUUAACAGGUUUUCACCAUCACCACGCAAUUCACCUCGACCAUCACCUAAGCAGUCACCCAGAAAUUCACCUCGUUCACGAUCUCCUGCUCGGGGAAUAGAAUAUAGUAGAGUGUCCCCACAGCCUAUGAUUAGCCGCUUACAACAACCUCGCCUUUCACUUCAAGGUCAUCCCACAGAUUUACAGACAAGCAGUGUCAAAAAUGAAGAAAAACUGAGACGCAGUCUUCCAAACCUGUCCCGAACAUCUAGUACACAAGUUGACUCAGUGAAAAGCAGCAGAAGUGACUCAAAUUUUCAAGUGCCAAAUGGAGGAAUACCUCGCAUGCAACCUCAGGCUUCAGCCACUUCGCAAAGGCUGAAAAAUUUGCCUCGUACUUCUCUCAAAGCCAAACAGUUGCUUCCAACUUCAUCUACAAAAAGAGUACCUUCUCCAGGCAAAUUCCGCUCCCCUGCAGCACCAUCUCCUUUGGCUCUCCGGCAACCAGUAAAAGCAUUUAGUAACCAUGGCUCUGGUUCUCCUGGUAGCCAAGAAACAACACAGCUCACACAGACCACCUCCUCACCUGGGCCUCCCAUGGUUCAGAACACAGUCCCAGCAAAUCCUCCCAACAAUAUCAACAGCACUACUCUAACCAGACCUGCAGGGACAACCGCGAUGAGAAGUGGCUUGCCCAGACCCAGUGCCCCUUCUGCUGGGGGUAUACCAGUGCCUCGCAGCAAACUUGCACAGCCCGUUCGCAGAUCCUUGCCAGCUCCUAAAACCUAUGGUAGCAUGAAAGAUGACAGUUGGAAAGAUGGCUGCUAUUGACCAGCAAAGAUGGGAAUGCAGAGGCCCACAGCUUCAUGGAUACCCCUUCACCAGGCUAAAAGACAACUUUUACAUGCAGACUGUUCAGAUAAGACUCUUGGGGUUUAUAAAUCCCAGCCCUCUCUGUCUUAAUUAGCACAAACUGACAGAGAUGAUCAAGCAGCACUUUAAUGACAUUUAACAUCAGAUGUGUUUGGUAAUCAUACAAUCACUCUCCAUGGAAUCACAUUUAGUUUUGUUUAGUAGAAACUAAGUUGAUUUUUUAAUAUUUGACAGAGGCCAAUAUCUGGGCAAAAAACUAAUGGAUGCCAAAGAGAAAUGCCCAUUUGUAAAUGAGAGAAUACCUUUGUGCACAAGAAAAUGGUGAAUUCAAGCUAUCCAAAACUUCACAUUCGAACUAAUUUACUGUAUAAAUAGCAUCAAUAAAUAUUUGUGUUAAUGAGAACUAA